GAGGGGACUACUCCAUCUACUACUGCCGGGAUGUGCUACGCUGUCCCGAAGGGCUUCCUGGCUCUUGUGCCAUUGGUCGAACAGGUCGUGCCUGUGCGGACUGUUUCAAGGGCUUUGCUGCAGCGUCAGAUGGGAGCUGUCAGCCAUGCGAUGCACUGCAGCUGUGGCCCUUCAUGCUCUUGCCGCUCGUGGUUAUCGCAAUUGUGCCGCUCCUUGUUUUUGCAGGCAUUGUCCUCAGCAAAGCCCGGAAGGUGGCGAUCAGUGUCUUCGUCGUUUGCCUCGUCUUCGGCCAGUUGGUGGUUUGUCUACAGUCGCUUGAGGCUAUCUACCAGUUCGACAUUCUUUGGGUGGAUCCUGCGAAGGCCAUCCUUCAGUCACUUUCGAUCUUCAGCUUCGACAUUGAGUUCUCCUGCGUGAUUCCUCCGCGGAACCACUUGAUGGAGUACACCAUGCAGCUUUUGGCCUAUCCUGUGGUGCUACUGGGGACCUUCCUCGUCUGGUCCAUGGCUCGGUGCACACGGAAGCGGGUGAGUUUCAUUUACUUCGUCAACUUCCAUGGGAUCAUCCUGAUUGCCCUCUUGACUGCUAUGUCUCUGAGCGUCCUCCGACCGUUUCAAUGUCGGGAGAACCCCAAUGGCACCUCCACGAUUGUGACCAAGACAGAUGUUAUCUGCUGGACCACCGGAGAGCAUAUAGCUCUGAUUCUCCUGGCCUGUGUUGGUAUUCUAGCCUACCCGGUUGCCAUCCUUGCUGCAAUCAGCUUUCUCACUUGGAAGUACCCGAUUUGGCUUCGAUCAUCCAGUGGCCUGGAGGUGCUGGAAAAGUAUAGGUUCCUCUUCGGCCGCUUCCGACCCGAACGCUACUACUACGGCCUCAUGCUCUCCUUUCACAACCUUGUGGUGGCCCUUAUCCCGGCAACUUUGGUGGCCGUGCCCGCUCUGCAAGUGGGCAUCAUGGGCAUCGUAGUCUGCGUGAAGCUGACCACCCAGAGCCUCCUUUGGCCUUGGAGAGUGGAUGUGGCCAACUACAAUGACAUGGUGCUCUCUGCUGGCCUGCUGAUGCUGCUGCUCCUCGCAUCCCCUUUGCUGAACCUGAAUGAACAGAAGGCCAUGGAGUUUGUAGCGGUCCUCCUGGCUGUCGUCAUGUUCCUUCUGCCUAUUGCAGCACUUCUCGCUGCAUCGGCCGCAGUUUGCUUUCGGCUUCGUCCUCAAAGCAAGUACUCCAUGUUCCUAUGCCACCACAAGGCAGGCGCCGGGGCCCUGUGCCGCUUCAUCAAGCUUAUCGUGCACAAGUAUGGCCGCAUGAACAUCUUCCUGGACUCCGACGAGCUUGACGACCUCUCCCGCAUCUUCGAGAUCGUCAGUUCCGACACCCGCUGCCUCGUUGCCGUGCUCACGCCUGAUCUGCUGCAGCGCAUGUGGUGUGCAGGGGAGAUGACGAGUGCGCGGAAGAGCGGCAUUCCCAUCAUCCCGCUCUACUGCGAUGGCUUCGCCUUUCCCGAUGCAGACUGCAUCAACAAGAUCGAGUCCGUGUGGACCGAGGAGCAGCAGUACACCUUGACAAGCCACGGAAUUUCCAUGGAGGACAUCAAG